AAUGUACGAAGCUUGCCUCAUUUGAUUGUUCUCUCUCUCUCUCUCAAUCUUCUCUUCCACUCACUCUGCUGCAUUCUUCUUCUCUCCCUCUCUUCCGUGCCCUGUUACUCCUCAUCCCUUACCUAUUUAGUUCAGUUCAUCACAGUAUCAUUCGGAACUCUCCUCUUCUCUGCCGUCCAAUCAAUACCGGUGCUCUCCAGCUGCAUUUCCGACCUCCUGCUGCAUCUCUGGUUCUACGACAUGUGAAAUUUCGCGCUUCGAUCUUGUAUCUAGCAGCUCGUAGCUUCUGUCGAUUGAGGUCGGGUUUGGGUAUUUAACGAUCAGUGAGUCUUCGUCGCAGAACCUUGAGUUGAUCUGGUGUUUGGUUGAUUCUAGCUCUUGAAUCCAUGAGGAAGACAUCUGUGAGCAGCAGUAGCCGUUACGGUUCAGUUCUGAUCUUUGUCUGCCUCUUCGUUUCGAUUCGUGUCUAUGCCGAUGAUUAUGUUCCCACGGAUAUGUACCUGCUGAAUUGUGGGGCGAGCUCGAUGGCUACUGAUUCCGGUGGCCGUGAAUGGACACCAGAUAACAAUUCCAAGUUCUUGUUGGCCACGGCUGAAUCGACCACUACAGAGGCUUCCGAGCAGCCCUUGUCGGUCUACACGGUCCCCUUCAUGACAGCGAGGCUUUUCCCUUCUGUUUUCACCUAUAGCAUCCCACUGUCUCCGGGCCAUAAGUUCAUCCGGCUGUAUUUCUAUCCCUCCACGUACAACAACCUCAAUGCAACCAAUGCGAUAUUCUCCGUCACCACCGGACAAUAUACCCUUCUCAAGAACUUCAGCACCGCCCAGAUGACCGAGGCUCUUAACUACCCCUAUAUGCGUAAGGAGUAUUCGUUGAAUGUGGUGGGUGAUACCUUGAACAUCACUUUCAGCCCCUCGAAGAAAUAUCCCAACACUUUCGCGUUCGUGAACGGGAUUGAGAUCGUGUCGAUGCCUGAUAUUUAUAACACGGUUGAUGGGCAAACCAUGAUUGUGGGUACUCAGACUCCAUUCAUUGUUGAUAACACCAUGGCUCUUGAGCAUGUUUACCGCUUGAAUGUUGGAGGGAGUCUGAUCUUGCCCUCACAAGACACGGGACUGUACAGACAGUGGGACAAUGACUCUCCAUACAUCUAUGGAGCAGCCAUUGGUGUUACAGAGACUGCUAGCCCAAACAUGUCAAUUAAGUACCCUACAAAAAUGCCUACUUAUGUUGCACCAGUGGAGGUCUACCAAACUGCACGAUCUAUGGGGCCAAAUGCGAGCGUCAACUUGCAGUACAACUUGACUUGGAUCUUCUCGAUUGACUCUGGGUUCUCCUAUAUGGUUCGGCUGCAUUUCUGUGAGAUUGCUGACAACAUCACGAAAAUAAACCAGAGGAUGUUCGAGAUCUUCAUUUACAAUCAAACUGCUGAGACCGAAGCGGAUGCAGCGGGAUGGGUCGGGGGCAAUGGGAUACCGGUUUAUAAGGAUUAUGUGGUAUUUGUUCCGACUGGGGUUCCACAGCAGGAUCUGUGGCUUGCACUUCAUCCACAGACAUCUCUGAAGUCUGAGUAUUAUGAUGCGAUUUUGAAUGGAGUGGAGAUAUUCAAGUUAAGCGAUACCAGUGGGAAUCUUGUAGAGUCUAAUCGUAUCCCAGCUCCCAAGCAAGCAAUCAUCGAUCCCACAGGGGCAGGAUCAUCAGGAGUAUCUGGUAAAUCGAAGAGUCAGAUCGGAAUUAUUGCAGGAGGGGUUGGCGGUGGAGUUGUUUUGGCUCUUUUAAUUGGUUUCUUUGUAGUUGGUGCUUCUCGAAGACGUAGACAGAGCAAGGAUUCGAAUGAAAGUGAUGGAAACUCACACCCUGCCGGUUCAGCAAACACAAACACAACUUCGAAUCUUUGCCGCCAUUUCUCCUUUGCGGAGAUUAAAGCUGCCACUAACAACUUCGAUGAGGCUCUGCUCCUCGGAGUGGGAGGUUUCGGCAAGGUGUACAAGGGAGAAAUCGAUGGAGGAACGACGAAAGUCGCAAUCAAGCGUGGGAAUCCUCUCUCUGAGCAGGGCGUGCAUGAGUUCCAAACUGAGAUUGAAAUGCUCUCCAAACUCCGCCACCGUCAUCUUGUUUCUCUUAUCGGGUACUGUGAAGAGAACACCGAAAUGAUCCUUGUUUACGACUACAUGGCUCAUGGAACUCUGCGUGAGCAUCUCUACCAGACACAGAAGCCCCCUCUCCCGUGGAAGCAGAGACUCGAGAUCUGCAUCGGUGCUGCACGUGGCUUGCACUACCUCCACACAGGUGCCAAGCACACCAUCAUCCAUCGUGAUGUUAAGACGACCAACAUUCUCCUGGACGAGAAGUGGGUGGCAAAGGUUUCUGAUUUCGGUCUGUCGAAGACAAGUCCCACAUUGGACCACACCCAUGUAAGCACUGCGGUGAAGGGAAGUUUUGGGUACUUGGACCCUCAGUACUUCAGGAGGCAGCGACUGACUGACAAGUCUGAUGUUUACUCGUUUGGGGUCGUGCUCUUCGAGAUCCUCUGUGCCCGUCCUGCGCUGAACCUGACACUGCCGGAAGAGCAAGUAAGUUUAGCAGAAUGGGCUGCCCAUUGCCACAAGAAAGGCAUUCUUGAUCAGAUUAUCGACCCCUUCCUUAAGGGCAAGAUUGCUCCCGCGAGCUUUAGGAAGGUCGCUGAGACAGCAAUGAAGUGCGUGGCUGAUCAGGGCAUUGACAGGCCUUCGAUGGGUGACGUGCUGUGGAACCUCGAGUUUGCUGUACAGCUCCAGGAGAGUGGAGUGGCCAGUGCCGUAUUCUCCCAGAUCAUGAACCCUAAAGGGCGGUGAGAUGGAUGCGAAUGAAAUUGACCAUGUCUCACUUCUAUUCACUCAAUUCGGUCGGGGAGAUGUCUUAACACGGUUAUAGUUAGUUUCUUGUUAUCUAGCGCAGCUCGCAAGUAAAAGUUUUUCUUUUUGAGGUUCUUCCACUCUAUACGUGGCUUUCUUUCUUUCUUAUAUGAUGAUGAUUCGACCCGAUCAAUUAAAUUAUGUUGUGUGUACCACUUAAUAUACCAUUGCAUGGAGUGUGUAAAAUAAUGCAUUUGCACUGCUA